UUCUGCUCAAUUUUUAUUCCUUUUUCCCUCUCCGAUUUUUGCGAUUCAAGAAAGGAAGUUUCAGAAACCCUAGCUCUCCUCCUUCUUCAAAGAUAGAAUUUUGGCCAUGGAGUUUUAGGGUUUUUUUCUCUAUUUUUUUUAUCUAGAAUGUAGUGCAAUACACAAAUGCCCGAACCUAAUCAACAGGCGUCAAUGUACGGAAGAGCGGCCAUGGCAACGACCACCAAUAUGCAAAGCGGCCAAGUCGAUGACGACGACAACGACGUGACGGCCGGCGAGGAGUCCAUAGACAACCCUCAGAUCCGCUUCGACGACGCCGCCGCCGCCAUGAAUGGCAUCCAGGAUGUUCCUUCGAACGCUCUCUACGUUCCCGGUGUAGCUGAUUAUGCUCCGGUCGCCGAGAAUGGAGGCUCCGAUCAGCUCACUCUCUCCUUCCAGGGCGAGGUUUACGUCUUUGACGCCGUUUCACCCGAUAAGGUGCAGGCUGUGUUGUUACUUUUGGGUGGAUAUGAAAUCCCUUCUGGUAUACCUGCCAUGGGAGCAACUCCUAUUGGCCAACGGGGUAUGAAUCAAUUUGUUGCAAAGCCAAUUCAACCACAAAGAGCUGCUUCUUUAAAUCGGUUCCGAGAGAAGAGGAAAGAGCGUUGUUUUGAUAAGAAAAUCCGUUACAAUGUCCGCAAAGAAGUUGCAAUGAGGAUGCAGCGUAAGAAGGGUCAGUUUACAUCGGCUAAGACUAGUUCAGAGGAGUUGGGCUCAGCUUCAUCUGUUUGGAAUGCGACACCAGGCUCAGGACAAGAUGAGAACAUGCAGGAAACUUCGUGUACCCACUGCGGAAUAAGUUCAAAGUCCACGCCAAUGAUGCGUCGUGGGCCAGCUGGUCCGAGGACAUUGUGCAAUGCAUGUGGGCUGAAGUGGGCCAACAAGGGAAUCUUAAGAGAUCUUUCUAAAGUUCUGAAUGGCAAUGUCCAGGAUGCUUCAGUGAAGGAGACUGAGCAGAGUGAUGGUGACGCUAACGAUUCCGCUGCUGUAACCACUACUGCCAAUAUUGCCUCUUCUAAUGGUGAUGCCAAGACUGCUGUAACGGAGAUGACAAGUUGAUCCUUUGUGGCAGGUUCAAUUCACCUGCUGUUUCCGCCAGGAUGCGGAACAGAUUUUUAUCGCACCAACUAUUUAUAUACUCCGAUUUAGUGUACAUAUAGUUCGAUCACAUAAAGUGAAGAAUAAGAUUACUAAUUUGGAAUUCUCUUUCAUUUUAGCAUUGUAAAUUUUCUCAUUAAAAUAUACUGUGAACUGCUACAGCAUAGCAAAAGUGAAUGCGUCUCCAUUAGAGUGUUUUGAAGGUUAGAACCUGCUUAAACAUGUGGGUUAACGUCUCACCUUAUUAUUUAUUUGUCAUGUAUUUCUUGUGAUUAUGACAUGACAGUGCGUUUUGUAGAGAAUCCCCCUUAUUCUCGUGACCACGUCCUUGUUUCUUUCUGCUGUUUUUGGCUUACUUUUAGGUAAUUGGAUUGGGGAUGAUA